GAUAGGCGGGACUUACUGCUGGGAAGGCGGCGCUUCCUCCGCAGCGCUCCGCCCCCUGGGCGGCAGUGACCAAUGGGAUGAGGGCUCGCUCACACUGCUGCGCCGUCACUCCGGGGCCGGGGCUGCAAACGAGUAGAUGCCUUUGCCGGUGGCGUCUCCUUCUCCUUCGCUGACUUCGCAGAACCUUUAAAGAGUUGGCUGGGGGCCGCCUGGUCACUGGGGCUCGGGGACUCACAGCGGGGGUCGACUCAGCGCUCCUGGAGCUGCGUUUCAGGCGACCUGGAACUCUUUCCUGCCUGCAGGAACUUUGUGGUGUGGGAAUUUCGGUGUAUGGAAAACUUCUCUGUGUCCAGCUGAUGUGAAUCCAGAGGUCUUAGUAUAGUACGGGGACCAAAUUACUGUGUGAGCCAGGUGAGGACGCCCAGAAUCAAUCCCAUGGGAUUCUAAAUUACGUUUGCCCAGGAGCACCAUGGCCCACGCUGUCUUUGUUCCUGGCUUGUCUCGAGGCACUACGGGAGCCAUCUUCACUCAGGCUGCUCUGUGGAGGUGGACAGCCAGCCCUUUGUGUCACCUCUCUCUCAGCAGCAUAAUGAAAUCCAAAAGAAAAACUGAUCACUUGGAGAGAACCGCAAGUGCCCUCCGACGGGAGGUCGUGGCUGCGGCUAAGGUGUGUGAAAUUGCCCAUGAGUCCCCAACGGUGAAGAGCCUCCGCUUGCUCGUCGCUGAUAAAGACUUCUCCUUUAAGGCUGGCCAAUGGGUUGAUUUCUUUAUUCCAGGAGUCUCAGUUGUUGGUGGAUUUUCAAUUUGCUCCAGUCCCCAACUGCUACAACAAGAAAGAAUAAUAGAAUUAGCAGUCAAAUACACAAACCACCCUCCUGCUGUCUGGGUUCACAAUAAGUGCACACUUGGCUCGGAAGUGGCCCUCAGAGUGGGUGGAGAGUUCUUCUUUGACCCUCAGCCCACAGACGCCCCUCGAAACCUCGUGUUGAUUGCUGGAGGGGUCGGGAUUAACCCCCUGCUUUCCAUCCUGCGCCACUCAGCAGAUCUCCACCGAGACCAGGCAAACAAAAGGAGUAGCUAUGAGACAGGAACAGUAAAACUGUUCUACAGUGCGAAGAACACCAGCGAGCUCCUGUUCAAGAAAAAUAUCCUCGAUUUAGUAAAUGAAUUUCCUGAGAAGAUUACUUGCAGUUUGCAUGUUACAAAACAGACGACACAAAUCAGUGCAGAACUGAAGCCAUACAUCACAGAAGGAAGAAUAACGGAGAAGGAGAUAAGUGAGCACGUGUCAGCAGAGACUCUGUUCUAUAUCUGUGGCCCACCUCCGAUGACGGACUUUUUCUCUAAGCAGUUGGAAGACAGCCACGUUCCCAAGGAACACAUUUGCUUUGAGAAGUGGUGGUAGGGAUGAGGCUCAGAAGACCUGAGAGCCACUCAGGAGAGUGAGACUCUGUUUUGGGUUUGUGGAUUUGCCUCCAUCUGAGCUAUUUUUUAUUAAAUCUGUGAAUUAAGUGUGCAGCCCAAGACUAAAAGAAAACCCAGCAACAGAUGAACACAGUAAAGUUCCUGAGGACUUCAUUGGUCAAGCUAUCUUUGACUAUCUUGAUUUUUCUUCAUUAAUACCUAGUUAAUUAUCUCCUGAUAGUCCAUUGCCAUAGAGUUUCCAACCCCUGAGAAAAGGCCAUAGGCUCAAUCCAACUAUAAUGAAAAGACUUAUUGAUUAGCUGCUAGCAGGCUGUUGGUCUCUGAGCCAAAUUUGAGAUUGCCAUAAAGAAGUAUGGGGAAGAGUUGGGUUAUUGUUGUUGUUUUUAAAGACAAAACCCACAUGACGACCUUCAAUAUCUACACAAGCAAAAACUGGUCUUUUCUACAAUCUUUGGGUAUCUGUGUAAACCAGUUACAGAAGCUUAAAAAAAAGGAGUUGCCAUAUCAUAACAAGUAGAUGGUCAUGGCUGUAUAAUUCUGGGUGGGGCCACUGAGCCAGGUUGUUUUCUGGGAACCAUCUUGUCUAGGGCAAGCAGUCAUUAGGUACUAACAUGGAGACCCAGCGCAGAGUGGUUUCUCUGAAUGACCUUUACACCAUUUUUCUUUGUCAUUAGGGGAAAAAGUGGCCUACGUAAAUUAAUUAAGGGAAAAUGUUGGUUUUGUAUGAAUUAUAUGCUUUAAAUUAUUGGAUAGAGAUAAGUCUAAUAUUUAGUGUAUUUAUAACUUUGAGUAUCUUCUUAAUUUUAGUUGAAAAGUCUUCAUGUGUAAUGUUUUGGUUUUCUUUUAGUUUGGAUGGCCUGUAGCCCCAUGUGAACCCCAAGCAUCAGGAAGUAAAAAAAAAUCAAGCAAA